UAAUAUUUUAUAUUUAAUUUCAUCGGCGUAAGUAACCUCGAGCAAUAAACCUUUCCGGCUACGGUUGGGCCAGGAACUCUCCUCUCUGACCUCCAUCUCCGACAAUUACGCCGGCGACGGCGAACCAAUUUGGGAACUGUUCUUCAUUCGUAGUACGAAUUCUGGACGAGACUGCGAACUACAGUAGUAAAACUUGGUGAUCUCUUUCAGAAAUUUGAUGAGAUGCACAGUCCGGAGGGAGAACUCAAUCAAUCUGCCAAUCAAGACAGCAACGUCUCUGUUGAAUUGGAGCAUUCAGUUAGUCAAAAUGGUCUUCUCCGGGAAGGAAAUGGUAUUGCGAAUAUGAAUUUGGGAAACGCUGAUACUGUGGCAAAAGGGCUCUCUUCUAUGCUUAGCAAUAUCAUAAGGGAUUUUGACUCCAAAGCUGACGAUACUCUUAAAAGCCAGAGCCAGCUUUCAUCUUCCCUCGAUCGUCUUACUUCAGAGCUGGAUCAAUUACUUGAAGAUGCACCUUUUCCAUUCAUCAUGCAGCAUGCCUCAAGGAUUUCUAAUGUAAGAAAGAGAGUUUUGUCACUAAAUUCCAUCUUAAGAUCCAUACAACGAAGAGUGGAUAACAUAGAUCGGGCUAUCGCGAUGGGCAAUCUACAAGAUACUUGUUCCUCUCAAAGUUCCUUGCAGCCUCAGCAUGGUUGAAGAUCGUUGUAUGCACUCGGCCCUCUCUUUUCUCUCUUCAUUUUGUAGGUACGAAGUUUUAGCGAUUGUGUGUAUCCUUCUUCUGGCUCCCUUCAUUUCUAGGCUUGAAAAUACUGGCAUUGAAUGACCCUCUCUCUCUAUUUCUCUGUGAAUCAACGAUUGAGUCUACUACCUGCAUGAUUUAUCUAUUUGUGAGUAGAGUUUUGAUUCUCUAAUAUGGUGCUUCGUACAGAUUGAACUCUAGUUUCUAAGAUGUUGAUUAACUUUUUUUAUUUUGGAGUUGGAAACGAUGGGAUUUGAAUUGUGUAGAUAUGAAAAUUUUCAAGUUCAUUUUCCAAAUUUAGAAUU